UAAUCUCUGAUUAAUUAGUCUCAAGGGGAGUGUUUAGGGGGGGAUAAUUAAGCCAUGAGGACUAGCUGCAAUGGCUGUAGGGUUCUUCGCAAAGGUUGCAGUGAGAACUGUGAAAUCCGACCCUGCAUUGAGUGGAUCAAAUCGCCGGAAUCCCAGGCCAAUGCCACUCUUUUCUUGGCCAAAUUCUACGGCCGUGCCGGGCUUCUCAAUCUCAUCAACGCCGGAGCAGAACACCAGCGCCCAGGGAUUUUCAAGUCGCUGCUGUACGAGGCAUGCGGAAGGAUUGUGAACCCGACUUUUGGGUCGGUGGGGUUGCUCUCUUCCGGGAACUGGGCCCAAUGCCAGGCCGCCGUAGACGCUGUGCUCGCCGGCUCACCGAUCGUUGAAACCAAUGCGCCAGUCCCACACCUGAACCCUAACCCGGUUCAGGGUCCUCCUGCCAACUCCUGUGACAUACGCCACGUGUCCAAGGACACGAGCUUGGGUAAGACGAGGAACCGGUUCAAGAGGUCCAUGACCAGGCCGAAAAUCCAGCUCGGCUCGAUCACCGAGGCGGCGGCUGGAUGGGGGCGGGUCAACCCACAUGAGUUGGGCCAGAGUUCUAGCGGAGGUGGAGGGGAGAGGAGUAUGCACUCUGUGGAAACAGUGGAGGCUCCGUGGAUGAUGAACCGGGGCGAACCGGACCCGGUUGGGAAUGAUGAUGAGGAGGUCGGGUUGGAACUGACUCUUGGCCUUGGCUUCGGGAAAUUAAACGGAAAAGAGUAAUCAUCAAGUUUGGUUAUUCUGGGGUUUGGUUUUGACGAGUGGAAGGUAGAGUUAAGACAAGUAAUUACAAGUGUGCUUCAUGCAAAUGCAAAGAAGCAUAUGUUUUGGCGGCUUCGAAUUGGUCACCUGCUUUUCUUUUGGUCUUUUCCAGUCUCUGUGUUCUUUCUGGUUUUCUUAGGAAGUUAAAUUUGGCUUCAUGUAAAAUUAGGUGGAGUAUCUUUUGGGUGUAAAACAUUAGCACAGAUCAUAAAGAUCG